GAACAAACAGGACAUAAACCUUUCAGAUGAUGUACCUUUGAUGCAUAAAUGAUCUAUAGUCUUGCAGGACAUAAACUGACUGAUAACUUGCUGACUAAGCACACUGUCUAAUGCCGAUAGCUAACACUUAUCUAACCGCAGUGAUUAUUUAAAACUUUCACAAAUUUAGCCACAGGCAUCCAGCUACCGGAUAUUCUGAUUCAUGCUGAAUAACCACGAUUCCUUUGAAUCACAGCCUUUAUGUAUGCAAGCCACCCCCCUUCUUCAGACCACACCACCACUCUUCAGGAGCACAGUAACAGGGAGAAGAGAGGGAGGCAGUGAAGGAAGUGCAUCGCGAGGACUUAACGGAGACGAUUCUCAGCCAUUAAUACUCACAGCAAGUCAAAAUGACCCUAAUGGAACAGUUGGACACCAGCAAGUGAUCCAGACGGACCUGGAAGAUAACAGACCUUUGAAACCCUUGCUGAGCUCUGAUUCGGAAAUGAACGGCAAAGCGGGUGGCAGGGGGCCCGUGAACAAAGCCAGCGAAGCAAAUAGCAACGCCAACAAUCUUAGCAUGGUUUCUGAGAUGCCCCCGGACUCCCAGAACCACGCACGGGGCACACGCACACCCAAGAGAGCCGCCACGUUUGGGAAGCGGUCCAACUCUAUGCGGCGCAACCCCAAUGCUGAGGUGGCCCGGCAGGGUUGGCUUCACAAACAGGCAAGCAGUGGUGUGAAACAGUGGAACAAGCGCUGGUUCGUGCUGACAGAUCGAUGUCUUUUCUACUAUAAAGACGAUAAAGAAGAAGGAGUCUUGGGCAGCCUUCCUCUUCUCAGCUUCAAGAUUGGACCAGUCCAGGCAUCGGACAACAUCAGCCGCAAGUUUGCCUUUAAGGUGUGGUGCGAAACAGAGGAAGAGGAGGAGGAGGACGAGGAAAGUGAGGAUUUAAAGGGCAGUAUUGCAUUCUGUUUGCAGGUUGAGCACGCAGGAACUCGUACAUAUUACUUCAGUGCAGACAGCCAGAAAGAGCAAGAGGAGUGGAUCCAAGCCAUGAGUGAGGCUGCCAGGGUCCAUAUCCCAGCCACUCCCAGAAAUAAAUCUGAGCCCAUCCCUGCAGCAGACCAAAACGACAUGGUAGCAAAACGACUGGAGCCCAACUCUCAUGCUGAGAACAACGGGCAGAGGCCAGACUAUCACGAGCCUGUCAAACAUGAGCCAAAUGGAGUAGAGACCAGAGACACAACACCCAGCACCCCAGUGACCCCUAAUAUAGAGGGCAGGAUGGGGGAGAAAGGAGGCCUGGUACCCCAUCACCCCAACGGCUGGGGUAACUAUGGUCCUCCUAACGGUUCAAGAUACCAGUCCCAAGAGAAUGUGAGGGACAUGCGGGAGCCGCACGAGGAGAAUGUGGUGAUGCGGAGGGGCUUUGUGCCCAGGACGGCACCAGAGAGACUCGCCCAGAGGAAAAGCUCCAUGACGCAGCUGCAGCAGUGGGUCAACCAGCGCCGGGCCAUGGUGCCUCAUGAUGACGGCCGCAGUCCAUCCAGGUACUACACAAUGAACCGUGGUAUGUCACCAGACUAUUACGGCAUGUACGGCGGACCUCCGUAUAUGGAUGAAUAUCCCCUCUAUCCACCCGGUGUCCGACCCGAGAGCAUCUGCUCCAUGUCGGCUGCGUACAACCGGCCAUCUCCUCGCUGGACCGUGGAAGAUAGAAGGCGGUCACUGCGAGAUGGACCCAUAUACGGUCAACCUCGAGACCCCCAGUGGAUGAUGGGACCCCAGGGUCCUUCCUAUUACCCCCAGCUGGACUCAGCACAAAACUCUAUGAGACGGCUUUCCAUACAGCCACGCUCACGGUCAGUCCCUCGCUCGCCUUCCUCCUCAUCGGGAGGACCCUAUUCUCCGCACAGCUUCGCCUCACCUGCCCGAUCGCCCAGCACCAGGUUUGAUCGGGGACCUGGCCGACUAAGAGAGGAGGGUAUUUAUGCUGACCCCUCAGUCUACGGACUCCGCAGGUCACUGAGCUCACCUAAGUAUGAUUUCCCUGGAGAUCGUCGCUCCUACAGCCAAGGAAUGUACCACUAUAACUAUCCAGCAUCCCCUUCGCUUCACAGUAAAAUGGAGGACAUUUUAGACGUGCAGCUUCAAAGGAACCUGGAGUACCUAGAUCAGCAGGUGCCUCCAUUCCAUGAUGUGUACGGUGACCUACAUCCCACAUUGAAGCUUAAUGAGAUUGAAACCAGUAAACUACUGGGCCGCUUGUGUGAGCAGCAUCGUCUUUUGAAAGAGCAGGAGACUGUAGUUCAUCGUUUGCGGAUGGAAAAGGAUAGUCUAGAGGGGGUGCUGGUGGCCACACAUCAGGAGAUGGAGCUGUACAGGAACCAGCCACUGGCCAUGGAGAAACUUCAGAUGAAGAAGGAGAGUCUACAAAACAAGCUGAUUAACAUCAGAGGAGAGCUGUCUCAGGCCUCCAGUGCCCUGACCACCACACGAAUGGAGUUUGAGGCACUAGAGGAUGAUGUGAACGCCAUCCAUGGUGACCUGUGGGAGCAGCUGAACGCUGGAGGGCAGAGUGAGCUGGUACACAGGCACAUUCAGAAAGAGUUCUGGAGGGUUCAGGAUGUCUUGGAGGGUCUGCACAAAAACAACCCGUCUCGGGGAACGGACACGGCCAAACACAGAGUAGCCAGUGGAGCAUCCGGCUCCUUCAGCACAAACAGCCCUGCGAGUCCCUUGAGUUCAGUGAGUCUGACGAGUCCUCUCAGCCCCUUCUCUCCUGUCCCUGGCUCUCAGGCCUCUCCCACGAAACAGCUGGCCACAGAGGAGGUUGGUCCUCCGAGACCUCCACUUCCUAAAUCUUACCAGCCCCUGGAGUCCUCCCAGUCCUUUCCCCCCUCCGUCCCUCCCCUGCCCUUAGACAGCAAUGCCUGGCUGCGCAGUGUGGGCCCCCAUUCAGGCAUCCACCAGGAAGGCUACAAGGACAACGAAGAAUUUCGCAGCAGAAAGCACAACUACAACUCACAGGGAGAAAAGACCAGCGACUAUGAGACAGAGCAAGACCGGCUGUCCAACCAGAAUAAAGUUGGAAUUGUUCCACCCAGGACCAAGUCGCCUUCAGAAGAAAAGAACAAUUGUGAUGCCGUCCAACGGAGAAAUGGGAAGGUGUCCAACGGUCACAUUUCCAGAGAAAGGCCAAAGAGUGCAGUGUUCCCUGCAGAAGUGAAGUCGAAAAUGAGUGUGGAGGAACAGAAUGAGAGGAUACGAAGAAACCAGAGCAGCUCCGUCAGAGACAAGAGGCGCAGCCUCAACCUCUCCAGCAAUCAGCACAUCGAUGGCUUCAAAACCUCAACUAAUUACAGAGUGGUGCGGAGGAGAGUGACAGCUGAUGAGGUGGAUAUUAAGGAUCUUGAGGCGGCCGUGAGGGGAGAAGGUGUGGAGUCACCUAGGCAGGAAAUUGCUCGCCUGCGACGACAGGUGGAGCCUGAACACUAUGACCUGGAUCUCAACAAAGAGUUGUCCAUGCCGGAUAAAGUCCUGAUCCCUGAGCGAUACUUGGACAUCGAGCCCAGUACACCUCUCAGUCCAGAAGAGCUGCGGGAAAAACAGAAGAAAGUCGAAAGAAUCAAGACACUGAUUGCCAAAUCAAACCUGCAAAAUGUGGUGCCUGUUUUGGACGGGCCAGUGGAGGGAACCAGUAACCCGGAGCAGCAGCUUCAUGAGCAGGAGAAACGCAUCGAGAUUUCCUGCGCGCUGGCCGCCGAGGCCUCCCGCCGUAGCCGCCUGCUCUCCGCCCAGUGCGUCCCCAGUCCCCCUGCCUCCCCAACCAGCCUGGUCCCUCCCCCUUCUGCUGACUACUCUGACUCCUCCCACAUCAUGAAGGUGUGAAGCUCAAGCUCUUGCAGCUGUCAAAUUUGACGGUGAGCCCUUCUGAGUGUCCAGCAGAUAAAGAAAAGAUGGAAAAAAUCCCACUGAACACCAAAAACAUAUGUUUUGCCUUUGUCAAACAUUGUAUUUCUUUUGAUUACUCACACAUCAUCACGCAGAGAAAUAUUUCGAAAUGUUUGGAUGUCUUCGGAGGGCCGUUCACGCGGUUAUCUGCCUCCAUAUCUCCGCGCGCUCCUCAGUCGGAGUGCGUAACCCACGGCAAAACUACGUAAUUGAAUUAAUCGACUCUUUUGACUCUGUUUCGGAGGAUGACAUUCAUAUUACAAAAGCUACAAACUAGCCAGGAAGUGGACGAUGUUUACAGAUUCAUAUCUGCUCUCGGUCACAUUACAGUGAUUGGAGUACACAGCAAAUUCAUGCUACAUGCUCAGGACGGAUUCUGCAGACACAAGCACGUUCGUGACAGGAAAGAACGCGACGGAGACCGAGAUGCGACCAGAGGAAAAUAGCCAUGCUUGAGGAAGUUGUAAAACCAGACCAAGGACUACAGCAAAGUUGUCAGCUAAGUUUAUUUGCAAGUCAUCAUGAGAGAACCACUGGUAUGAUAAUUAUUUGUGUUCAAAACACUAGCCUCGAUCGACCACCGAAGAUUUAUGAACGGAACUAAGUAGGGACUUGGAUUUGGACUGUGGCGAAUCCAUUGAUGUUUUGAGCCAAAAGAUGAUGUUGAUACUAGAAGACUUGGCAUUGGGCACUUCCCUUCCAUCAAUUUUAAGGCCAGACUCACUGUGACUCCUCCUGGCCUCCAUCUUUCCCACAAUCCUCUCCCGUUUCUCUUGAGAACCCUCUUCCCAUCAGCAUUGCAGUCUCUCAAACCAUUGUCAGGCCUUUAAGUACUGUGUGUAUCUAUAAAGAAAGCAUAUAUAUAUUGAUAUUACUCUAAUCUUUGCAUCAAAGCCAUGUGGACUCAUCAUAGUGCUUUUACUGCUAGGACAGUAGUUACCAAAUAAUGGUACCUAAAUACUUGUGAGCGUGUGUGUUAGAUUAAUGAGAAAAGAAGCCGAAACAUUGGAAGUGUCCUUAGAGUUGUAAGUCUGCUUGUUGAAACAAUGCGUGUUCAUGCGGGGCCAGCAACUUGCAUUACAGCCUGUAUAUAAUGACGUUAAAUUAUGUAACCUGUUGCCCCAACAGAAUAUCAAAGCCCUUAUUUGUGGAUCGUUUUGCCAUUUGGAGAUUCAUUUGGCUUUCUUUUCUGCUGUGGCACAGUUUUUGUGUAAAUAUAGAUUGACAUGGAAUUAAAUGGAACAAUAUUUUGGAUUAUUUUUCUAUCACUGGUAAUUACCUCUGUAAUCAAGCAGUUUGAUUAUAAUGUAUCGUAAAGUAAAGAACAAUUUGCCAAACAAUAUAAAUCUCCUGUUUUGUACUUCGAUCUUUCACCAUAUCGAAACCUCUGAAAUGCCAUGCAAGUUGUUAGCCCAUACUGUGCUUUCUGCUUGUCUUUUUUUUUUUUUUAACUCUUGACUAAACACUAGCCUCCGCUUGUGUAUGAGAUAUUUUGUGUCAUUUUUAUUUCUCCCAUUGGGAAAAUUCAUGGAUAUUGUGUUGUUCUUAUUCCAGAAAAGAAAAAGGAAAAAAAAAGACCCUGAAUCAAGCUAAAAACACAGUAUGAAAUCUGGAAAAGAAAGUCAAGUUUCAGAGAAGCGGAAUACUCAUUAUCACUUUUAAGCAAAAACAGCCCUGAAGGGGAAGACAGAGAUCUAUUUUUAUCAUUUUUCAGAAAGAGAAAAACAAGAUCAAUGCGUUGCAUAUUUUUCUAUGAUGUAUAAAAUAAGGGUUUGAUUGGUUACAUUUAUAAAAUGAUUAAAGAGAGUUUUGAUCUGAUAUAUUAUGGGGAAUUGAGGCUGAUAUAUUUUUAAUUUAUUGAACGAAACUUUACAGCAUCCUUUUGAAGGCCUUGUUUAAAGUGUUAUUUUGUAUGUAAUUGGAAAAAAAAAUGGUCAAAGUCACAGUUGGACAGUCAAAGCAGAGAUGUCUAAUAUUUGAUAAAAUAUGUAGCAUAUAAAGUGGGAAUAACUCAUUCAAAAUAAGCACAUUGGUCUGUGUAAAUAUUUUUAAAUCAAAACACUGUACGUCUUCAUAUUUACCAUAAUUAAUGCUAUUUUAAGGAAAAAAAACAACAAGACUGCUUGAGCUAUGCAAAUCGAACUAAAUAAUACUUCAUGUGCUUGCUUUAGAAGUACCCUCAUGCAAUAAAGUGAAUGUAUUUAAAACCUUCA